UAGCCUCAGUUUUUUUUUCUACCUUCGCCCUUCUUCCCGUUUGGCUGAUUUCUUACAUCGCUUCAGCUGCUAAUUGUCUUACAGAACGACCUCGCCAUGGAUGAUUUUGACAUGCUGAACGCACCCACCGCUGGAAACGGCGUCGGCUCGGAGGAAGACCCCGCUGCCGCAUUUUUGGCUCAGCAGGAGAGCGAAAUUGCCGGAAUUGAAAACGACGAGGGCUUCAGCAUCCUUGACGGAGGAGAGGUGCCUUCGUCGCUGAGAGACUCUAACGAUGGUGCCAUCAAUGGAGAGUUUCAUGGGGAAAGCAACGGCCCAUCAGAUGCUUAUGCAGCAAUUUCUAAUGCGGAUCGACUGCAAGCCGAACCUGAAAGUCUCCGCAAGUGGAGGGAGGAACAAAGAGACAGGCUCGAGCUGCUAGAUGCCAACUCACGCAAACAGGAGUCUGAGUGGAAGGAGAAGGCCAAGGUAGAGCUGGAGGAGUGGCAUGCGAGGCAGAACGAGCAGCUGGAAAAAACCAAAACCCAUAACAGAGUGCUGGACGAGGACUUCUACAAGCAGCCCUUCUCUGACCUCAUUGGUUAUGUCACACACAUUAACCAUCCUUGCUACCGCCUAGACCAGGCAGCUGAGGAAGCCAUGAUUUCAGAUCUGGAUGAGAACAACCCUGGCACAGAGUGGGAGCGAGUGGCUCGGCUCUGCGACUUCAACCCCAAGUCUAGCAAGCAGGCCAAAGAUGUCUCCCGCAUGCGCUCCGUCCUCAUCUCCCUAAAGCAGUCCCCGCUCAUCCGUUAGGCACCAGCGUGUGCACGGAGCGUCAUUCCAUAACAUUCCUUUUUCCCUUCAACACACACACAAGCCCAACUACUGACAAAGCAUUUAUAUUCCAAAGACAGGGCGGUCUUUUCUGUCCACCUCUGUGUCCAGAACAGCCCUGUUUUCAACACCUAAAGGAAAGAAAGCUGAUCUUACCCACUCCUGCCAUCUUCAGGCAGUGCUGGUGAGAUCUUUAAUGCACCUACUCACCAUAUCUGCUCCUUUUUAAAUUGUUCAUCUUUGUGUGCACCUCUUCCACAGACCAGUCCAGACCUUGUAAGUUUGCAAUUCAUUAAAAAAGGGCCAAUCUAGACCAGAUGUGUACCAGGUUGUGUGGUGUUGCAUGACACUGUAAAGGUGAUGAGUUGGGACACUAAAAGGGAAGAUUUGAUGUUUGUUCAGGCCUACAGUUACACUACACCCUGCACCACAAGCAAAAUCACUAUGCUGUAUCAUAGUUCUGAACGUGUUUGUCAUGAAUCUGAGUUGAACCCUUCAGGGUUGAGUGGUUUUAUUCACCUUUUCCCCUCUGUUCAUCACUUUUUGUUUUCCUCUUCUCAUAAUGCGUUCAACAAUUUAUUUUUUUUUUCUUUUUGAAGGACCAAACUCUCAAGGCAAAACUUCAGAUUCAGUGUGUGUACUUUAAAUUGUGUGUGUAGAGCCUGCUUGUGGCAUUUGUUCACAUUUCCAGUCUAUGCAUUUUACUUUGGAACGAUUUUCCCCUGUAAAGUCAGACCGAAACGUAGUCCAGUCAUUACAAUUUAUGAUCUAUUCCUAUGUGUUAAAACCUCAGUAGUGUGUGUACUUGAUGUGUGUACCUAUGUACAUAUACAGAAGGCAGUAUAUACAAUAUAUAAAACAUUUAUGUCACUGAAAUUAGUUAAAGGAUAACUAGAGAUUUGCCAGUUAUUGCUUGACCAUGUGUACUCAUUGUCCUUUUGAUUUCAAGAUCAAUAAAAAAGUAAAAGAUUU